GUAGGGAUUUGAAAAUAAUAGAUAUACAAUUAUAAACCUUGUCAACAAGCAGUAAAGCCAAGUUACUUCCAUUUGAUUUUUUUAAUAUUGAAUAUCAAUUUUUGAAUAUCUACUAUUAUUUAAUAUUAGAAUAAAAAUAUCAUAAACAUCCUUGAUUAAACAUUAUACACAUUCAUAGUGUAUUUAUGAAGUAUGUAAUAAUAAGAUUUUGCCGAAUUGAAUGAUUGACAAUUAAUUUAUAAAAUAGUAAACAUGGCUUUUUGUUCUCAAACGACCGAAAGUGAAUGUGUCUCUACGCCAAAAAUCACACAUCAUGCACCAGAUUCUUCGGGAUCUGAAGAAGAAACACGCUCUGAUUGUGAAAGGUGUUCCAUUUGCCUUGGGAAAUGCCGAAAUAAAUGUUUUACUGAUAGUUGUUUACACUAUUUUUGCUUCAAUUGCUUAUUAGAGUGGAGUAAAAUAAAAGCAGAAUGUCCCCUAUGUAAACAGUCAUUUCAGUCGAUUAUUCAUAAUAUAAAGUCCAUGAAAGAAUUUGAUGAAUAUUUGGUGCAACCAACAAGGACAGCUUCUACGACCCCUUCGUUGGGGUUUCCAUAUCUUCCACACUUGCCAUCAGAUCCACACAGCAGAGUAUUUCAUAGAGUAAACUAUUUCCUUCCUGAUUCCCCGCAAUACACUUACCGUGCAACAAUGCAAGUUCGUCCACAACAAAGCGACCAAAUUUAUCAACUAUUUAUGCAAUCGAAUGAUGCCACGGAGCGUUACAGUCGAGAAUUCAGCAAUGAUUUGAUUCCCUUUCGUCAAAAUGCACAAGAAUGGAGAGAAUACAUUUAUAAUCGUAGAAUUUAUGCAUUGCCACUGGACGAUAUGACCGGUAGAUCAAGAGAAUGUAGUGUUGAAUUUUACAGAGAAAACCCAGCACAAAUAUAUCGACUGUUACCAUGGGUUAAUCGAGAGUUAGUAGUAUUAUUACGUGGAAACGCUUUUCAGAUUCAAGUAGUGAUGAAUUAUUUGACUGAAUUAUUGACUCUCCAUGAUAUACGAUCUACCGCUUUUCGAGCUUACUUUCAGAGAUUUCUAGGGCACCGAACAGAACAUUUCAUACAUGAACUAUUAAACUUUUCAAGGUCGCCUUACGACAUGAUUGGUUAUGAUCGCCAUGUGAGAUACGCGCCAUAUUAUCGCCCCGAAACGAGAAAUCGACAAACAGACACAAAUGAAAAUGAAGAAGUUGUCAUAUCAUCGGAUAAUGAAUCUAAUUCACCACAAGAUCUUUCAAGUACUCCACAAGACUUGUCAUAUUCAAACAACAGGAGACGAAAUAAUCGUACUGAAUUUACUAUUUCUACUCGAUUAUCGUCUCAUUCAACAGUUAUUUUUAGAGGCAGUAUUGAAGCAUCUAAUAAUCAAAGUCAACAAUCAUCUGUCAAUCCCGAUGAAAACGUUAUUUCAGAUACAACUUCCGUGAAUCCACCAGUUUCUGCAGAAAAUUCUGAAGUUUCUGUUUUUGGUAAUAAUGGGACCGUUCAAAUUAUCCGUGAUGUGCACAAUGUCUCCGAUACAAAUAGCAGUGAUUGUGAAUUCGUAUUGGAACGUAAGCCUCCCCAUUUACGCACACCAGAAAUGGUAAGUCUGAAUUCUGAAAGCGAUUCAGAUGUUGUCUUCGUGAAUGAAGAGAAACGUGAAGCACCUCCUGGCGUUUUUGAGCAGACAAACUAUAAUUCUGAUACAUCAGAUUCAGAUGAUAAUAAAAAUUUAACAAUGCUCCGUAUGAAAUGGAACGGUGCAUUUAACACAGAUGUAAAAGCGGGAGCAUCUAAAGACCCGAUGCCAUCAACAAGUACGGGUGGUUUUACAGUUGGAAGACAUCCAAUUCGUUUGAAAUUCCGAAAACGUGUCAUUAAAUCUAUCUAUGAGAGUACAAGUGAAUCUGAUUUAGAUACAAACCAUAAUAUUGCCCUAGAUAAAACAAUGAUUCCAUCAGUUCAAUACAGUACAAACACAAGUGAAGAUGAGGAUCAUAUUGAUGUUGUUGGUGCACAAGUGCCAGUUUUAAAAAGAAAACAAUCUACUUUUACCACGGACUCAUGUGAUGCACAACCCAAAAAACGCCGUAAAACUACUAAGAAAAGAAAGUCAAGAAUCAUGACAAAAAUCGAAACUAAAAAAUUGAAAAAAGCUACUUACAAAGGAACACAUUCGCCAAAAUCUGAAACCGAUACUACUUUGAGUAACGAUGACAACAAUGAUGAUUCUAGUUCAAACACAGAUGAUAAGAGUUCUGAUGAUUCUGUAGCAUUAAGCAGUAGUACUUCAAUAGAAUAAGUUUUAAAAAAUAUUAUCUAUCUAUGUUGUUUAUGAAUAUCUCAAGUAGUAUGUAUCAAAUACUUGGUUUCAUGGAGAUGCAAAAUGAUCUUAUUUGUUUUAUUCUUGUUUGAUACUUCUUUUCCAAGACUUGAAGAAAAUAUUUAUGUUAAAUAUUUUAGUUUUAAAGAAUUAUGUUAAAUAAAAAAACGUUAUAUGUAUAUAAUUAUU